CCUCGGGCGGCGGCGGCGAAGAGAAGACUCUAGGACCUGUGGAGGCCGGUGGCUUCCCACGCAGUGCAUGGCUCGGAGGCUCAGGUGAGGUGUAUUUCCAUACCUGCGGAUUUUCAUCCCUGCCUCUAGAUCCCAUAUUGGAACUUGUCAGGAAAAGCCAUGGCCUCAGCCACCAAGAAGGUGAAGGAGGAAGCCACGUGUGCCAUCUGCCUGUCCCUAAUGUCUGAGCCCAUGAGCAUCAGCUGUGGACACAGCUACUGCAGUCAAUGCAUCGUCAGCUUCCUUGAGAACCAAGGCCCUGUGGACACAUCGUCCAAUACAUUCCCCUGCCCCCACUGCCGGGCUCCAUUUCGGCUGGCCAGCCUCCGGCCCAACAAGCAGCUGGGGAGUCUCAUUGAAGCCAUCAAGGAGAUGGAGCACAAGAUGUCAUGUGAGGAGCACGGAGAGCACCUCCACCUGUUCUGCGAAGACGAGAGCCAGCUCAUCUGCUGGCGCUGUGAGCGGUCACCGCGGCACAAAGGGCACCACACAGCCCUCAUCGAGGACGUAUGCCAGGACUACAAGGAGAAGCUUCAGAAUGCUGUGACAAAUUUGAGGCAACUAGAAGAGGAGUGCAUAAAACUGAAGUUGUUCACAACAAAGCAGAUAAGUGAAUGGAAUGAGAAGAUAGAGAUUGAGAAACAAAAAAUCCAGUCUGACUUUAAAAAUCUUCAGAGCUUCCUACAAGAGGAGGAGAAGUCUCAUCUCUGGAAGCUGGAGAAAGAGAAAGAGCAGACUCUGGAGAGACUGAGAGAUAACGAGGCCACUCUGGAACAGAAGAGCCAAGAACUCAGGAGUCACAUCCUGGAACUAGAGGAGAAAUGUCAGAGCUCAGCCCAGAAGUUGCUGCAGGAUGUGAAAGAUACUUUGCGCAGGAGUUGGGCUAUGACGUUGGAGAGACCAGACGCCCACUCUCUGGAGCUUCAUGCCGUGUGCAGUGUUUCUGAGCUUUAUUUUGAUGUGAAGAAAAUGUUAAGGAGCUAUCAAGUCAAUGUGACUCUGGAUCCAGAUACAGCUCAUCGGGAGCUCAUUCUGUCUGAGGAUCGGAGACAAGUGACCCGUGGAUGCCCCCAGGAGAAUCUGGACAAUUCUUCUAAGAGAUUUAGUAUCUUACCCUGUAUUUUGGGCUGUGAAGGCUUCACUUCAGGAAAACAUUACUUUGAAGUGGAUGUGGGAGAAGGAACUGGGUGGGACUUAGGAGUCUGUCUGGAUAGUGUUCACAGGGACAUUGGUUUGAUGCAGAAGCCUCAGUCUGGAUUCUGGGCCAUUAGACUGUGCAAAAAGAAAGGCUACUUAGCACUUACCUAUCCCAUAACUUCCCUUUCUCUGGCAGAGCAGCCUCUGGUUGUGGGGAUUUUUCUGGACUGUGAUGUCGGACUUGUAUCCUUUUACAACAUGACCACUGGAUCCCACAUCUUUACCUUCCCAAAGGCCUCCUUCUCUGAUACUGUCCGGCCCUAUUUCCGGGUUUAUCAACAUUCUCCUUUGUUCCUGCCUCCCCCAGACGAGUAAGGAAAGAAUUAAAAUCUCCUUCUUGGUUUAACUAGCAUAGAAAAUAUAAUGUCAAUCCUGUGGGGGCAGAAAUCUGGUCUGUUUUCUUCACUUCUUGUAUUCAGAACAGUGCUGGGCUUUUAGUGGCUACAUAAUAAAUCUUCUUUGAAUGAAUGGAUAGAACAAUGGCAAAAAUACCACAGAUGGUCAGCCUGAGCUGGGGAAGCCAGAUAAUAGCAAUGAUCAUGCAUUGUCUUCUCCACCCCUCCAAGCCCCUCAGUGGGUUCAGAGCUUUGAUUUCCAAGAGUUUUUGGGUGACCUGCAGGGUGACCCGGAGAUCAGGAUGUCUGAGUUCUCCCAGUUUGUUCGAUGCCAUAGGAACUCAUGGGUGGGGGGUGAGGGAAAUUGCGGUUGUCUCUACCAGCUGUGAGAAAAAGCAGGAGAGCCAACACAGUGACUCUUCCAACCUCUGGCAUAGCUCCGAUGAUGCAGUGAGGACAGAUGCCUUCCAGAUCUGGUGAGCUCUGCCUAUUGCAAUAACACGUCACAUGUGAAAGAGGAGUUGAAAUUGGCUUACAGGGGUAUGUUUCAAAUGGGAAGGAAAUUCAGAAUAAUAACAGAUUUUCUUGGGGGACUCGGUACUGGAAAAGAAGUUGAUAUUUUCCAGACUGUGCCAAGCCAACUAUCUUGAAAUAGUUUAAGAUCUCAGCAAAUAGUUACCGUUGGCAUGAUUGUUGGCAGACUUUGUUAUGAGUCUUCUAUGAUCAAAUAGACCUUAGCUCUAGCUGGGUCAAUUUUGAAGAGAACAUUCCAUGUUCAACCUAAAUUAUCAUGGCUGAGUUGACUAAUGGCAAGAUCAUGGUAAAGUCAGCCAAGCCACAAACAACGUAAAUGAUUGAGGUGUGAUGGCUGGGUCUUUAGAAGCUGUCCUAGAUUCUACAGAUGGUGGAAGUGUGGCUAACAGGAAGCUGGUAAAUUUGUGGAGGUGCCAUACCAGCCCUGGAUUCUAUGGAUUUCCUGGACUUUCUACAUUUUCUGGACUGUCGACAUGGGAGAGAUAUGAACUUGCUUCAGCCACUAUCAUUUUGGGUUUUCUGUUCAAUGGAAACUAAUCCAAUCUUCCAGGACACAGUGAGUUGCUAUUCCUUAAAAAAAAAAAAAAAAAAAAA